GGGCCGCGCGGCGCGGGGGGCGGCGGCCGGCCACGCGGGAGACAACCACCGGCUGAACCUGCUCGAAUACUCAGACGGCGGCGCGGCGGCCAUGUGUGCUCUCCGCGCGGCAGCGGGCGGCGCGCUCGCCAGCACCAACGGUACCACCACUCCCCACAGCGGCGCCGCCACCCCCACCGCCAACGGCUCCACCACCACCAACAAUGGCAUCACCACCGGCGCGGUGCAUCGAUGGCCUUUUAUCGGGGCUCGGGCGCCCCGCUCAUCCAGGGACGUUGUUAGACUGAUGCGCCGGCUGCGGCCGCUGCUGCAGGACGCCAUACAGAAGCGUUGUUGCGGCGCGCGGAUGUGGGACGGCGUGACGGGCCCGCUCACGUGGCGUCAGUUCCACCGGCUGGCAGGGCGCGGCAACGAGGACCUUUGUGAGCCGCAGCCCGUGCCCCCGCUGCUGGUGGGCCACGACCGCGACUGGCUGUCCCUGUCGCCGUACGCGUUGCGCCACUGGGAGCGCCUCGCUCUCGAGCCGUACUCGUACUCUCGGGACGUGGCCUACGUCGUACUCGCGGCCGACGGCGACGCGAUUGCCGAACCGGUGCGGGCUUUCUUUCGUGAGCUCUCCACGGCCUAUGAAGAGUGCCGCCUCGGAAGGCACCAGCCGAUCACGAGGAUAGCGCGAGAUGGCAUCAUCAGGACUUCACCGGCGGAUGUCGACAGAGACGCGAACUGUGAGGAGUGGACGGGUGAGGUGCCGCCAGGGCGCGCGGGCGAGUAUGUGCGUGCGUACGCGGAGACACUGCGUGCGACGUUAUUACCGCAGCUUGCGGCGCUCACCGUCGACCGCUCGCUCUUCGACUCGUACAGUGGAGGCGGGUCGAUGCGGGCGCCGUGCGCGGGCGGCGAGCGGCCCGGCACGCCGGCGGAGGGCGAGGGCGAGGCGGGCGGCGCGGCGGGCGGCGCGGGGGGCGGCGCGUGGGGCGACGAGCGCGAGGGCGGCGGCGUGGCGCUGGUGCUGUACGUGGUGGAGCCGCCCGCCGGCCACGCGCUGCCCGCGCUGCUGCGGCUGGCGGCGCGGGCCGCGCGCCAGCUGCAGCAGCACGACCCGCUCGUCAAGAUAAUAUCUCUAGAAGGCGUGUGCGAGACGUGGACGGGCGGGGCGGGCGGCGCGGGCGCGGCGGGCGAGGUGCGCGCGCUGGCCUUCAACGUGUUCACGGGCGCGCGGCGCCUGCUGCAGCACCACGCCAACGGGAAGUCGCUCACCGGCUUCGGCACCGCCGCCAACGGCAACCUGUUCCUCUCAUCCAAAGACGAAAAGAAUCGUGCACCGUACCGGUUGUUCUCGCCCGCGUGGGUGCUGGCGCCGCCGCGCGCGUUAAAGGAGGUCGCCGAGACGUGGGGCCAGGGCUCGGAGCCGGGCGCCGUGCUGUACGUGGCCUACUGCCUGUCGCACGACCAGCGCUGGCUGCUGGCCGCCGCCACGGACGCGCGCGGCGAGCUGCUGGACACGGCCGCCAUCAACAUCCACGUGCCGCACAGAUCUCGACGGAGACGCGGCGGACCGGCGCGCCGCCUCGGGCUGACCAAGUUGAUGGACUUCACUCUGGGCGUGAUGUCCCAGUCCGCGCAGCCCUGGCGACUCGUGGUCGGCAGGGUGGGCCGGAUCGGACACGGAGAGCUCAAGGGUUGGAGUUGGUUGCUGUCUCGGCCGAACCUGAAUCGCGCGUCGAACACGCUGCGUGAGCUCUGCGGCGCGUGUUCGCUGCUGUACCCGCACGGAGCGCCCUGCGUGCUGUCCGCCUGCCUGGUGUCCACCGAGCCCGACCCGUGUCUCCGGCUCAUGGCGGAUCGAUUCACACCCGACGAGCGCUUCUCGCAGGCUUCCAUCCAAUCACAUCUACAUACGCCGCGUGACGUCACCGCCACACACAUACUCGUGUUUCCGACCUCUGCUACCACACAGUCAAAUCAAAUGCCCUUCGAGCCUCCGAUGGCGAACGGCGAGGAAAACGACAUGCUUCUGAUGGGCCUGGAGAUGGUGGACGAGGAGAUCGGCGAGGUGCAAAUGACGGACCUGCUCAUCGGAGACAUGUUCAUGUGGCAGGGCUCCCCGCGCGCCUCGCCCCGCGCGCACGACGACGCGGCGCCGCCCCACCACCACCCCGCGGAGCACUGUCCGCGAGAGGACGACCACCAGCCCGUGAGUGCCGCUAGAUAAAGGGAAAUAUUAAACAAGUUUCACUUAGUGACACUAACAAAAUUGUUACUUUAGUUAAUAAGACAAAUUUUUAAGCGUUCUCCGUUUGCAGCUAUGGUGAACUAAUAAUAGUACAUGAAUUAACUUACACAUUCCACGAUCUACUGGUGAGGACUGAGGCCCGAAAACUACAGAAAGUGUUAUUUCGCUGGUUAGCUAUUUGGUUGAAAAGAAGCCAAUUAGAUUGAGAGUGCUAAUGAAUGAUAAUAUAGUGUAGUUACAAUGUUACGUAACGGUGGUCCUGUGUUUGCGACAGGAGCAGGUGGGCACGGUGCUGCA